GUACUUCACUCACUCCCAUCAACGGGUAAACAUUAAUUCUUUCUGAAGUCGAGUAAUUUUUAGCUGUGAAUUGAGAAAAAAGAAUGGAGAACAAAGAAGAAGAUGUAAGAUUAGGAGCAAACAAAUAUUCAGAGAGGCAGGCAAUUGGGACGGCAGCGCAGAGUGACAAGGAUUAUAAGGAGCCACCACCAGCGCCACUGUUUGAGGCAGGAGAAUUGACGUCUUGGUCAUUCUAUCGUGCUGGAAUUGCUGAGUUUAUGGCCACUUUCCUCUUCCUUUACAUCACUAUCUUAACAGUGAUGGGUGUUUCAAAGUCUGAAUCCAAAUGCUCCACUGUUGGUAUUCAAGGCAUUGCUUGGGCUUUUGGGGGCAUGAUUUUUGCCCUUGUUUACUGUACUGCUGGCAUUUCUGGAGGACACAUAAAUCCAGCAGUGACUUUUGGGCUGUUCUUGGCAAGGAAAUUGUCGUUGACAAGGGCAGUGUUCUACAUGGUGAUGCAGUGUCUUGGAGCUAUCUGUGGUGCUGGUGUGGUCAAAGGGUUUGGCAAAACUCUUUAUCAAACAAAGGGUGGUGGUGCCAAUGUUGUAAAUCUUGGUUACACAAAGGGAUCAGGUCUUGGUGCUGAGAUCGUUGGUACUUUCGUCCUUGUUUACACUGUUUUCUCUGCCACUGAUGCUAAGCGUAGUGCUAGGGAUUCACAUGUCCCUAUUUUGGCACCAUUGCCUAUUGGAUUUGCUGUGUUCUUGGUACACUUGGCCACAAUUCCAAUCACUGGAACUGGUAUCAACCCAGCUAGGAGUCUUGGCGCAGCCAUCAUCUACAACCAAGACCACGCAUGGGAUGACCACUGGAUAUUCUGGGUUGGACCAUUUAUUGGAGCAGCACUAGCAGCUCUAUACCACCAGGUGGUGAUCCGGGCAAUCCCAUUCAAGUCUAAGUGAAGUCUCUUUUAACCACAGAUUUCUCAAGCUGAAUCAUCAUGUGGCCAAAGAUCAAAAGCCUCAUUUCUGUCCAUUUCCCCUUUGCAUUAGAUCCUCUUUUCUUUUUGUUUUGUUUUUUGUAUCUUGUAUUUGUAAGUUACAUAAGUGGGAGAAUGUAUCUGAUCGGGGCAUAUUUUCUAUAGAAGGACCUUCGCUUUUCAUUUCA